CCUGUGUAGCCAAAACUUUGACGGUUUUGCCAAAUAUAGCCACGUUUGGAGAAAUACCAAAAAUAGCCACUUCCGUCCAAUUGUUUGACGGUGUUAAUUAACGUGUUGACUGGACUAAGCUGACAUGUCAAUCUUUUAAUCAUUAAAAAUAUGAGCUGGAAUAAUCAUAAAAAAUGAAAAUGAAAAUAACUAAAUAUUUUUUUAUUUUUUCUCUCUCCCUCUCCGUUCUUCUCCCACCUAACCUUCCCAAUCUCUCUCCUUUUUCUCAAUUCUUCCCGAGAAUCAUUCCCCAAUCCCCAUAUUCCUCCUCCCCAAUUUCCCUCCCACCCAACCUUCCCAAUCUAUCUCCUUCUUCCCCAUUCUUCCCCAGAAUCAUUCCCCAUGCUCCUCCUCCCCAAUUUCCCUCCCACCCAACCUUCCCAAUCUCUCUCCUUCUUCCCCAUUCUUCCCCAAAAUCACUCCCCCUGUUCCUCCUCCCCAAUUUCCCUCCCACCCAACCUUCCAAAUCUCACUCCUUCUUCCCCAUAAUCACUCUCCCCUGUUCCUCCUCCCAAAUUUCCAAGCCGACCACCACCAACCUUCACACUCACCACCUAUCUUCCAUCCACCUCAACUACCACACCGAAUUCAACCCUAACCACGAUCUAUUUCCAAUCUGCAACAGCCACCACCAACCCCCAGAUCUAACUCACUGUCGCUCCUGCUGCAACAUCGACGGCUUCAGAGCUUUAAAUCGCCGCAAUCCCGCCGGCAAAACUUCGGUUUAUGAACACGGGUUGAGUUAGUUUAGCGAUUGAUUGAGCUCGAAGCUGCGAGGGUUUUGUGGUCCUUACCAAUAGAACGAGGGCGGAUGAUCUGGAGGCUCCGUGCCCGACAAACAGAGGAAACGACGAACGGAGGAAACGUUGCGAAGUCGGCAUCGCUCUUGGUCGGCGUCUUUGUUGGGUGUCGUUUCAGUGGUAUCCCGGGGAUUUGGGGGAGGGAGCCUGGCUUGCUACUAGUCGAGGGAGGAGCGGUAUCGAGGGAAGCGAGAUCGGAGAUGGGACUAGGAGGUGGUGGCGAUUGGUUUUGAUCGUGCGUGGAGGAAGGAAAGACGGUUGCGGGCGGAGGCAGAGAGAAGAGAGGGUCAGAGGGAUGUGAGAUAAAAUUAUUUAUUGUUUUAUUGUUUGUUUUUUUAUUUAUUUUUUAUUUUUUUAGUUUUCAUAAAUAAAUAAAAGUUGUUCAGAUAAAAAUGACUAUUUGGAAAAAACAAUUUCAUUUAUCCACCCAGAAUUGUUAAAAGAUAAAUCAAAAUGAUGUGGCAAUGAUAUUGAUGACUUGUCGCUGACGUGUGUGAUGAGUUGGCAGCCACAUCAUCAUUCUAUUAAUUAGACUGACGGUGUCAUUGACGCCGUCAAACUAUGUAACGGAAAUGGCUAUAUUUGUCAUCGAACUUUCAAAAUUCUGGCUAUUUCUGGUAUUUCUCCAAAAGUGGCUAUAUUUGUCACAAACGUCAAAGUUUUGGCUAUACAAGUGAAUUUGGCCUUUAAAAUAUCUUUCUCAAUUUUUAACCAAUUCAUUUCUACCUCAUAUAUAUACUUAAUUUUAAAAAAAAACUAGUCAACAAUGUUGAAUCAAUUUAUAUGGCUUUCAAACUUGUUAUGUAAUUAAUCGUAAUUAGUAAAAUACACUAGUUAAUAGUAAUGGUUAUAUCAAUAUUUGCAACCAAAAGACACCAUUAAUUGUUUAUUUGAUAUUUUAGUAUUAUUUCAUUAAUGAUUGGAUUAAAGUAUCUCAUUUAGUAUAACUAUGUAAAUAUGGUAUUUGAAGUGUGAUAUUUGGCAAAAGCAUAGCGGUAAAAGUAGUUAUUUCGAAAUAACUCAUUGCCCUAAUAACUUCAGUAAACUGUUGUCAAAUGAGUUAUUUGUAAAAUUGUUCGAAUUACCCUAAAAAUUGAACCAUUAAAAAUUAUUUAAAUUUAGUAAAAUUGUUGUAACUUCAUUCAUACACUACAACAAAACAGGUGUUUAGUGUUGGUUCACUUAACCAUCACGAAACCUAUCGAAGUGUUUUCCAUUUUCAAAUAUAAAUAAUUUUUAUUGUCGGUUAAAACUGAAAAUUAUAUAUAUAUAUAUAUAUAUAUAUAUAUAUAUAUCCAUAUAUAUGCGGCUUCUACGUUACCCGGGUGAAAUCCAGGGUACCGCAUACCUUGAGUAUGAAAACGCUAUCUAGACCUCAAAUUAGUAGGAUUUUUGAGCAUGAUACUAUACCCUAACCCUUAAUGAGUGAACCCUAGGUCCUAAUUAUCUAAAUCAUAAACUAUAAACCCUAAGAUGGUGCAUUAAUUUUUUUUUUUUUUGCCUAUAUUUGGACGAAUCAUAACCGUCGAUUAUUGUUUCUAAAUAAAUUGAUAUUGGGGUAUAAGAUUUGGAGAAUUAAGACCUAGAUUUUGAUCUUUAAGGGUUAGAGUAUAGUAUCAUGUCUGAAAGAUCAGUCAAUUCAAGUUUUGUAUAGUGUUUUCUUACUCAAGGUAUGCGGUACCCCGGAUUUCACCCUGGGUACCAUAGAAGUAGGGAUGGCAAUUGGUCGGGUCGAGCGCGGAUAGUGCAUAUCCGUUACCCUACCCAUAGUAGUUUGGGUUUUACCCAUACCCAUACCCACAUGUGAAACGGGUAGAAAAUCAAAACCAUACCCAUACCCGUUCGGGUUUCGGGUAUCCACGGUUAUCCAUGGGUAAUAAUUUCUCUUCAUAACUUCAACCAAUAUCUUAACAUUCACAUGUAUUCUCACAUUACGUAAGAGGAAAAGUACGACAAUAAUUCACUAGAAUGAAGAAAAUUAAUUGAA